AUGGACAAGAAGCAGGAUGAGUUAUUGCGGCGGCCUUUGUACCUCUAUGAUCUCCCGCCAGAGGUGCUCAAUUCCCUGACCCUAAAGACUGAUGAUGCGGGGCUUGCGAAUGUAGACGACGGCGACGACGCGACAGCCUCGAAAGACCAGGCUUCGGCCAAAUUGGCCAGCCAGGAUAACGUCCUUGGCUCCCAGUCUUGCUCACUAUGCAAUCUGUCAUUCGCCACAGUUGAGGAGCAGAAGGGUCACCUCAAGAGCGAUUUCCACCAUUACAAUCUGAAGCAGAAGAUGAAUGGCCUGAAACCUGUCUCUGAAGCCGAGUUCGAAAAGCUGGUAGAAGAGCUAGACCUGAGCAUUUCAGGUUCUGACACCCCGGAGUCCGAUGAUGAAGAGGAGGCCACAUCUCGCCGGGAAACUGCAUUAUCGGCACUGCUUCGAAAACAAAUCUCGUUGACAGACAACCGUAACCCUCCUGAUCGGGACGACGAGCAGUCUGCGAAGAGAAAAAGAGUGGGGGCCGGGAAGUCGCCGCUUUUGUGGUUCAGCUCGCCGACUCUGCCAGAGAACACUUAUUACGGCAUAUACAAGGCCAUGUUCACCCCUCAAGAGUUGGAAAAAGAAGACGCCAUUGUUGACGCCAUCAAAACGAGACAAUUGCCGCCAAUAUCUAUGCCAAAACAGUCUAAGGAGGGCGUAAAUGUGCCUCCUACAUAUAACGGCAGACAUAUCUUCCUCUGCAUGAUUGGUGGCGGGCAUUUCGCUGCCAUGGUGGUCUGCCUCUCUCCUAAACACAGCAAGCACGGCUCUAGCUCAGGCCCUCUUAACAGGGAAGCGGUUGUUCUAGCACAUAAGACCUUCCACAGGUAUACAACCAGACGGAAACAGGGGGGUUCUCAGUCGGCAAAUGACAACGCCAAGGGGCCUGCUCACUCGGCCGGCUCGUCCCUCCGUAGGUACAACGAGCAGGCACUGACGGAGGAUGUGCGCAACCUGCUCAAGGACUGGAAGGCCUUGAUUGACACGGCCGAUCUCCUCUUCAUCCGGGCCACGGGCUCUACGAAUAGGCGAACUCUGUUUGGACCUUAUGAGAAUCAAGUGCUGCGUGCAAAUGACCCACGCAUUAGGGGCUUCCCCUUCAACACUCGCCGCGCUACCCAGAACGAGCUUAUGCGCUCCUUCAUUGAGCUCACUCGGCUCAAAGUCCGUGAAAUCUUGCCUGAGCCUGCUGCGCUUCCACCAGCGGAGGACUCCAAAGCUAAACCCGAGCCCAAACCCCCAAAACCAUCACCACCCAAACUCACCGAAGAGCAAGAAACAGCGCUCUUCCACACAAACCAACUCCAAGCCCUUAUCCGCCGCUCUAAGCUGCCUGCUCUCCUGUCCUAUCUCUCAAACAACAACCUUCCUGCAGACUUCCGCUUCUAUCCCCCAGAGACCCAACAAAACCACCAUGCACCAACGCCUCUGCAUCUUGCCGCUUCUCUGAACUCGCCAGCCAUUGUCACAGGCCUGCUUACACGGGCUAAGCCGCAGCCUGCCGACCCGACGGUACUCAGUGCCGAGGGCAAGACCCCAUUCGAGUUGGCCGGAGACCGAGCAACGCGUGAUGCUUUCCGGGUCGCACGAUCCGAACUUGGUGAACAGGCGUGGGAUUGGGAAAAGGCGAAGGUACCACCCCCAAUCACCAAGGAAGAAGCAGAGAGAAGGGCAGAGAGGGAGAGGGCAGAGAAGGAGAAGGAGGAAGCUGAGCGGAGGAGACGGGAAGAGGAGAGGUUAAGGGCCGAAGAGGCCAGUAGGAAGAAUAACGGCACCGAGAAGGGGAAGAAGAGCGGAGGGUCUUUGCUGAACGCAGGAGCGCCGAAGACGGCAGAAGAGAAGAGACUGGAGGAGGCAAGGGGCCUGACGCCCGAACAGAGGCUGAAGCUGGAGAGGGAACGGAGAGCCCGUGCAGCAGAGGAGAGGAUACGGAGGAUGCAGAUGGCAGGGAGGGGUGGAUGA